CCGGCGUCAAUUAUUUUUAUGCCCGAGAUGACUUCGGUUGAGGAAAAUGAAAUUUAUAUGGUAAAACAAGCACAAAGUGUGCGCAAAAGUGAUCCCAGUUCGGCCAAGGCGUGGAUUCUAACCGCCAAGACGCUGUAUCCAAAUGCAUUUAACGUACAGUACGAGGCGUACUUACUGGAACGCGAUGGGAAGAACUACGAGGAGGCGGCAAAGUGUUUCAGUGUCAUUGCCUGCAACUUUACCAAUCAGCAUGCGGAGCUAUGGCAGGAGGUGAAUGCCCUUACUAACGCGCUACGCAACGAAAGUGAGAGCACGCCGGAACAGGAGUUCUAUGUGAAGAUGUACAAACACCUGACGCCGGAAGUGCAGCAUAAUAUAUUUGUGCAUACCAUCAACAACAGUGGCGACAACUUGCAGCAAUGCAUUCAUAGUUAUAUACUAAUGUUUAAUAAGUUCCCAAAAACGGCUACAACACAGUCGCCACGUUUACUGGAGAUGCUGGCCGAGGGCAUGAAGGCAGAUCCGGAUUUAUAUCAACGCAUGCUGGUUGAGGAGGUGUUGCCAAUGAUACAGAACAAGCCGCCGGAGUUGUCGCCACUGCUCGCCUGUCGCCUGUACACCAACUCCUUGGAGUAUUAUUUGCGACAGAUUAUGGACGAUGAGAAAUGUGACACAAUUGAGGCUUGGAAGAACAUAUUCAAAGUGCUCAUGCUGUGUGGCCAAAUGAUGGGCUGGGAGCCCUUUUUGCCCUUUAGCAAGCACGUCAAUCAGAAUGUCUACUGGGAUAAGCUGGUCAAGAUCCUGCGUGGCAGUCCGGCAGGCAGCUCCCAAGUGUUAUUCUAUGCCACCACACUGUUCAUCUACUCCCUGCAUGGAUAUAUAAGGAAACUGCGCAUUGAAGACGCCGAUGUCAGUCACGUACUUGUUGAGGGAUUCAUUGACUGGACGCCGGAUGGAGGUGAGGUUCAGAGCAUGGACUGGACGCCCGAUGGUGGUGAUGUGCAGAGCAUGGAACCGCCAAAGUUCUCGGCAACCACAGCCAUAAGUCAAGAGCUAUCCGAGGCCUUUCUGCACGCCGCCCGUUGCUGGCAGCUGCUCAACACGGAACAAUUCCAGCGGGAUUUCAGUCAGUUAAUGUUGGCGCUGCCACUGGCGCCGUGGAUAUCCCGCUUUCUGUUCGAUCUGGCCAUUUAUUUUGGCCAUCGCGAUGAGGCCAACAAGCUAAUGGCUGACAUGACGACACAAAGUACGCUUGUACAGAGUCUACAAAUACUAAGUCUCAAUCUAAUGCAGGGCAGCAUGACACUUCAGGGAUUCCAGUGCAUUCUUAAGAUACUCGCCGAGCUGCCCGCAACCAGCGGUCAACUGCUGGAGAAUAUCAGCCUGAAGAGUCAUAGGCAUAUGAUCUUUUUACCACUGACCAGAAUUGCCCUCAUCCAAUAUUGUACUCGUGCCAUCGUCAGUCGUCUGAGUCGCAUGCUCUUUGAACCCAACUGCUCGGAUCGGCUGCUCGGGGACCUGCUGGCGCUGCUGCAACUCAGCGGGGACAAAGAUGUACUACUAAAGCAACAUAUCUGCAACCUGAUUACGCAACGCAAAUCAUUCAAUUUACACACAUUGUCCAACUACAUCAUUGCCACUGAUAUCAUCGAGGAACUGGCCUUUAUAUGGAACUCUCAGCAGCAGGAUGAUGCAAACUUCGAGCUAACUGGUUCACCAACCAGCGGCGGUGGACCGGGCAGCACUUCAGCCGCCGGAGCAGCCCAACCACGUCGCAUUGGCACACGCGGCGCCGACAAGGGUGCCAGGGAUGAGUUCAAGUCCUUGAUUCGACAGCAAAUUGCCCGUUGCAAUGAAAAUGUGCCCACGCUGGUGGCCAACUUCAUUACGCAGGAGCAUCUGACGCUGGCACAGCACAUCUUUGGCAUGGCGCCGCCAGUGGAAACAAUUGUCAUUAAGUGAAGAAUGAUUUUCCAAACGAAAAGAUGAGAUCCUAGUCCGUGUGCCUAGCAGCAACAGGAUGUUCAAGAUUCCUCGGUGACUGAGAGCAUAUUAUAAGCUUAUGGCAAUGAGAAAUAUAUUUUAUAAAUAUACAAGAGCUGUUGAGCAAGCAAAGACAAAUUUCCAAAAAUGUAUGGAUUCUUAACAUUGUCAUUUUACAUCUAAAUCUGCUUAUCAUUUUCAUACCAUCGAAGUCUCAUAAUUUUUUCAAAACGUUGCCAAUUUUAAUAGUCAACCACUGUCUCAGAUUUUAAGAAAUUAGUUUAUAUCUUUAUGACAACAAUUAACAGAAUGCCUAAUAACAACAAUAACGUGAGAUUGAAUAAAUAAAAAAGAAAGGUAUUAACAA